CCCGCGGAGACCGCCCGGGAGGGACCCCGGCAGCGAUGGACGAGGACCUGGUGCUGGCGCUCCGGCUCCAGGACGAGUGGAACCUGAUGUCGGAGCGCGAGCGGGCCCAGGCGCCCCUGUCGCUGGUGGACGCGUCGUGGGAGCUGGUGGACCCCACGCCGGACCUGCAGGCCCUGUUCGUGCAGUUCAACGACCAGUUCUUCUGGGGCCAGCUGGAGGCCGUGGAGGUCAAGUGGAGCAAGAGGAUGACCCUGUGCGCGGGGAUCUGCUCGUACGAAGGGCGGGGCGGCAUGUGCUCCAUCCGCCUCAGCGAGCCGCUCCUGAAGCUGCGACCCAGGAAGGACCUCGUGGAGACCCUCUUGCAUGAGAUGAUCCACGCCUACUUAUUUGUCACUAAUAACGACAAAGACCGGGAAGGGCACGGCCCCGAGUUCUGUAAGCACAUGCACCGCAUCAAUCGCCUGACUGGCGCCAACAUCACGAUAUACCACACCUUCCACGACGAGGUGGACGAGUACCGGCGCCAUUGGUGGCGCUGCGAUGGGCCGUGUCAGUUCCAAAAACCCUACUACGGCUACGUGAAGCGUGCGACCAACAGGGCUCCCUCCGCGCACGACUACUGGUGGGCUGAGCACCAGAGCACCUGUGGGGGCACUUACAUCAAAAUCAAGGAACCGGAGAACUACUCCAAAAAAGGCAAAGGAAAGACCAAGCUCGCAGCAGCAGAGAAUAAAGGUAAAACAAACAACAACAACAACAAUUCAUUCAUCAAGCACCAGCCAGCUGUCACUGCUUCCCCCCGAGUUCCUGACGGCAUGCACAGGUCUCAACUCUGCAAACAUACGUCAUCGGAAAGCUCACACCUUCACUUCCAAAGCUACGCUGGGCACUGUCCUGUGAUGAAUGCGUUACUCUGAGCUAGCAAACCUUCGAGGGGAAAAGACGUUCUCUACACAGAGGUUUGUCUUUUGAUUUAAAAAGUAAUUAACUGGUUAUAAAAGAGUAGUGUGUUCUGCAUCACUGAAAGCGCGCACACUGCUGGCUCUCCAAAAAUGAUGACUUUAAAACCUAUGAACAGCCAAUCUUUACAGUUUCAUAAAAGGAGGAUCUGGGAUUAACAGGCUCAUGAAAACACAGCUAGUUCAUCAGCAGCGUGAAGGCUGGGCAGACUUGUGGAGAUAUGAGGUUAGAGAAAGGACAGGUGAGCGUCCGUCAGAUGGGAGCCAAGACCGGCAGCUCUGGGAGACAGGCCCUAAGGGGGGGAGGGCCGGCAUCCUGAGGACCCUCAGGCUUCGCACACGGGUGCUGCCCUGCGGCCACCAUGGCAGAGGCCCACUCCACACGCCUGUCUGCGUUCCUGACGCUGGCGUUUCCACUCCUCUCCUUUGUGCCAUUUUUCUUCACGUCCACGUCAGCCAUGGAGGCCUGGAGCACUCGGUACAGCAUGUCCGUUUAAAAAGGAAAAGACGUGACCUCCCUUCUAUGGGCCCCGGGAGGGGCAGCCCGGGGGCCGUUACCGGAGCUCGGCAGCUCACGGCUGAGCAGGAUAAUCACAGAAACUCAGCUGGGGUGGUAAUGUUCUCAGGCUUCUGUGCCCCAAACGUUCCUAUUCUUUGGGCCACUCUUUUGGUGAAAGAUAAACACUGCAGCUGACUGAAGAGAAGUCCUCUUUGGAAUCAGGGAAUCGAGGGCUCUGACCAAACAAGGACCGUGGGCAUGGUCCUUCCAGUGCACCCUGGCCCCAAAUGCUGUUUACCUGUUUGAUAUUUUACUUUAGCUCGGGCUCUCUCAUCUGCAUCAAAAUACCAAACAGUUAUUGCGUACCUAAAAGAGAAUUUAGAACAGGGUAAGAACGAUCACACGGGGGAAGGGGCAUGCUGUCGCAAUGUCUAUAGAACGUGUCAUGUCAAAACAACGCCUGUCGGAAAGUUACCGGGCUAAUGAGCAGAGUCACCCCCACUCAGCCGGCCUCCAUGAUGCUCAAGGGCUCAGCAGGGAGGCAGGCGCAGCUGCGGGGGCGCCCGGGGCGGAGUUUUAUGGCUCCUGGAUGCCUCCUUAGCUACAUGAUGACGGUCGGCCUGCCCACAGCCGACACCCAGGUACGGAGGGGUAAAGAACAGUUGCUGCACCUUCCCCAGCAGGAGCCCGAGGGCAGAGAACAGCAGAGGGCCCAGGGCUGCGGCUCUGCGGGGGCAGGAAGGACAGCGCUGCAUGACCGUGAAGAGUCAUGGUGGAUGCUCACCAUUUUAUAACCUCGAGUCACCAAGAGAGAUUUCAAUGAUGCCAGGAGUUUUUUAGGACUUUUAUCGUAACGGCUAUACUGUCUUUAGACAUACAGCUUAGCUAAACGUCAUCUUUCUGAAAUGUUCACUUAUUGGGAAUUUAUCCCACAAAUAAAUGAGGAACCUCUGGUUUAUUAAAUACCAUCCAGUACACAGUCACCCCUUUUGGUACCAAAAAUGGGGGAAAUGUACACACACGUCCUGACCGCGAGCUGCGGUCACCUCCUUAAGAGAACACAGCAGGCCCUAGCCGGUUUGGCUCAGUGGAUAGAGCGUUGGCCUGCGGACUGAAGGGUCCCAGGUUCGAUUCCAGUCAAGGGCAUGUACCUGGGUUGCGGGCACAUCCCCAGUGGGGGGUGUGCAGGAGGCAGCUGGUCGAUGUUUCUCUCUCAUCGAUGUUUCUAACUCUCUAUCCCUCUCCCUUCCUCUCUGUAAAAGAGAACACAGCAGGCAGGUAAAGCACCUUGCAGAUUCCGCCAGGAUUCACUGGGGGAAAGCAAUACCGAUCGCAUGAAGGGCCAGUACAUGGGACAGAGCUAAAUGGUGUAAAAUAUUUGAAGUGAAGAGUCAAAGGCAGAGCAGAGUCUGAGAGUUUGGACACCUGGGGAAACAGAGGCCCGUGGACCUCUCAGACGGUGAGGGACAGACCAGAGGCUGCAGUCCAGCCUCUGCUCUUCCCCGCACCUUUCUUAACAUCUAGACUCUUCUAUUUUCCCGAGAGGCCUUGGGAAGAGGAAUCGGGCACAGGUAUGUGGUUUCUCUCUCUUUCGCCCAUGCCCCAAACUUGGAGUUUCUUAGUCAUCACAGUUCUAGAUGCUGGAUCACCUCCCCUCUCUGGCCCUCAGUCCUGACCUGCAAACACUGGUAAGCCACCACAUGGAUCUGUUUCUCCCUCAUCUCCCCCGGCCUCCGUAGGAACCCCUCAGGGACACCACUGUCCUUGUUCCUGACGUCCCGGGCCAGCUGGGCUUGUCUUUCUGCUGGACACGGACCUUCCUCACCAACUCACACACUGUCCCCCUCCAGACGCCUGUGGCCCUUACCCUCCGUAUCGCCUGGCAGUUACUCCCUUACUACCUGAAAAUGUCUAUUACCUCUUCCUCUAGAAAGGAUACAAACAGACCACACUCAGGACUCCAUAAGAAGGAAGGUCUGUGAAGCAGUUUCUAGGUCAGAAAAGUUCUAAAGAAGCAGCUGGGCCUGGCUGGUGUGGCUCAGUGGUUGAGCGUCGACCUAUGAACCAGGAGGUCACGGUUCAGUUCCCAGUCAGGACACAUGUCUGGGUUACAGGCUUGAUCCCCAGUAGGAGGCGUGCACGAGGCAGCCAAUCAAUGAUUCUCUCACCAUUGAUGUUUCUCUCCCUCCCUCUCUGAAAUCAGUAAAAAUAAGUCUUUUUUAAAAAGCCUACUCUUCUCCGGUGUCAGAGUAUGCCUCUUGUCACCAUAUCAAGCAACUGCAUGACAGUAAUCCACUAUCAUGAUGUUCAAAGUCCUUUUGAUAAUAAAAAAUAGGUAUUUAAUACAUUGUGCUAUUUUUCUACAAAGAUUAUUUUUACAACAAUGUCUGUAUCAUCUUCCACUUUAAGUUUUAACAAUUGAGCCACAAUAAAUGCAAAAAAAAGAAUUUAAGAAAUACAUUAAACAGCAUACUAGUAUAGAAUAUUAAACCUUGUUUAAAAAUAUAUAUAUAAUGUGGAAAGAGAUGCUAUGAUUAAAGCUAAAGGUUAUUUUUCUAACCUUAACUCCCACACAUGACACCUUUCUCUCCUCUAUUCUUUUUUCUCUUCGCUUCUGCUCCCUGGUCACCUCUGGUUUCUCUCCUUGGCGUAUUCCCCUACAUCAUCUCUCUCUCUUCCCCCCUCCCCACCUUUUGAAAAGCUCCCUUUUCCUUCUCUAUCUGUUCUUUCUAUUCCAAGUGAAUGCAGCUGACCCUGAACAACACGGGUUUGAAUGGCAUGGGUCCACCUACACGCAGGUUUUUUUCCAAAUGUACUGUAAUAUAUUAUCUUCCUUGUGAUUUUCCUUAAUAACAUUCUCUUUCCUCUGGCGUACUUUAUUGUAAGAAUACAGGAUGUGAUACAUACAAUGCGCUAAUGGACUCUGUUAUCACUAAGGCUUCUGGUUAACAGUAAGCUAUUAGCAGUUACGGGUUUUGGGGGUCAAAAGUCACACACGGAUUUUUGACUGCCUGGGAGUCUGUACCCCUUUAUCCACACACUGGUCAAGGGCCAACUCUACUCUCACGAGAUCACAGGAGGGUGAGGAGAUAAGAGAUGGACAAACAAGGAGAUGGGGCUGGAAAGAGGACAGGGCCCGCGUGUCCACUUUUACCCCGAACAAGGAGCGUCUGUGCAGAGACACAUGCAGCACUAACUGGGAACAGAUCUUGUAAAAUUACUCACAUUCAAAGUUAUGACCGAAGCAUUACAAUACACGUCACUGAAGAACAUGAAAACGCUCAUUAGAAAACUCCAGUUUAUCUUAUCUACCCCUCCGUCCUGCCAUCAUCUUAACAAUUGUUUCUUAAAGGAAUACUACCU